GCCGAGUGUGAACCUGAUGGAGCCCGGAGUUGAAGCUGCGUCCGCGGGCGUGCAAGUGCGCGAUGAACUGUCCGAGAAAUGUCAGAAGCUAUUUUUGGAGUUUUUGGAAGAGUUUCAGGAUAAAACCGGCGAUGCUUUAUAUCUGUCUGACGCGCAAGAGCUGAUCAGACCGGAGAGAAACACACUGACCGUGAGCUUCAGCAACAUCGAGCACUACAACCAGCAGCUCGCCACCACCAUUCAAGAGGAGUACUACAGGGUUUAUCCGUGUCUCUGCCGAGCAGUUCGACACUUUGCCAGAGAUCAUGGAAAUAUUCCACCGUCCAAAGAGUUUUAUGUGGCUUUUUCAGAAUUUCCAUCUAGGCAAAAGAUCCGUGAGCUCUCCGCCGCCCGAAUCGGCACUCUGUUACGAAUCAGUGGUCAGGUGGUGCGAACCCACCCUGUGCACCCGGAGCUGGUCAGCGGCACCUUCCUCUGUCUGGACUGUCAGUCCGUCAUCAAAGACGUGGAGCAGCAGUUCAAAUACACACAGCCGACCAUCUGCAAGAACCCCGUGUGUGCCAACCGCCGCCGAUUCAUGCUCGACACCAACAAGUCCCGCUUUGUUGACUUCCAGAAAGUGCGCAUCCAAGAGACGCAGGCGGAGCUGCCGCGAGGCUGCAUUCCUCGCAGUAUGGAGGUGAUUCUGAGGGCGGAGGCCGUGGAAACCGCACAAGCAGGAGAUCGCUGUGACUUCACCGGCACACUGAUAGUUGUGCCUGAUGUGUCCGUCAUGGCAUUCGCUGGCACGCGAGCAGAAACCAGCAGCAGGGUGACUGGAAAGGAGGGCUUUGAGGCUGAUGGCAUUCAGGGGCUCAAGGCUUUGGGUGUCCGAGAACUCUCCUACAGACUGGCCUUCCUGGCUAACAAUGUGGCCCCAACCAACCCACGGUUUGGAGGGAAGGAGCUUCGUCAGGAGGAUCAGACAGCUGAGAGCGUGAAGAACCAGAUGACCGUACAGGAAUGGGAGAAAGUGUUCGAGAUGAGCCAAGACAAGAAUCUCUAUCACAACCUCUGCACAAGUCUCUUCCCCACCAUUCACGGAAAUGAUGAAAUUAAACGUGGGAUUCUGCUGAUGUUAUUUGGUGGUGUUGCCAAGACGACCAUGGAGGGGACGUCUUUACGUGGCGACAUCAACGUGUGCAUAGUUGGAGACCCGAGUACAUCUAAGAGCCAGUUCCUCAAGCAUGUGGAGGAUUUCGCCCCCAGAGCGGUGUACACCAGCGGUAAAGCCAGCAGUGCUGCCGGUCUGACCGCCGCUGUGGUCAAAGACGAGGAGUCGCAUGAGUUCGUCAUCGAAGCAGGAGCCCUCAUGUUGGCCGAUAAUGGGGUUUGUUGUAUUGAUGAAUUUGACAAGAUGGACCUUAAGGACCAGGUGGCCAUUCAUGAAGCCAUGGAGCAGCAGACCAUCUCCAUCACAAAGGCGGGCGUUAAGGCCACACUGAAUGCUCGCACCUCCAUCCUGGCUGCUGCAAACCCCAUCGAUGGCAGAUACAACCGCGCCAAGUCUCUCAAGCAGAACGUCAACAUGUCAGCACCUAUCAUGUCCAGAUUUGAUCUCUUCUUCAUACUGGUGGAUGAAUGCAAUGAGGUUACAGACUAUGCCAUCGCCCGGCGGAUUGUAGAUCUUCAUGCCAGGAACAUUGAGUCGGUAGAAAGAGUUUACAGUACUGAAGAAAUCCAGAGAUACAUUCUGUUCGCCCGGCAGUUUCAGCCAAAGAUCUCACCAGAGGCUCAGGAGUUCGUGGUGGACCAGUACAAGCGUCUGCGGCAGAGGGAUGGAGGUGGAACCACCAAAUCAGCCUGGCGGAUCACAGUGAGGCAGCUGGAGAGCAUGUUGCGUCUGUCUGAGGCCAUGGCCAGACUCUACUGCUCAGACGAGGUUCAUCCCAAACAUGUGAAAGAGGCGUUUAGACUAUUAAAUAAGUCUAUUAUUCGAGUGGACUCCCCCGACAUUAAUUUUGACCAGGAGCAUGAUGACAAUGAUCAGAAUGACCUGUUUGGUAAAGAGACUGAAGGUCAGAAUGGAGCUGAAGUGAACAGCCAUCCGGUGGAGGCCAUGGACACUGAUGAGGUGGAAAAGCAGGAGAAGCCAGCUGCAUCCAAACCUGCUCUUAAAAUGUCAUUUGCGGAGUACAAGAAAGUCUCUAACCUGCUGGUGCUGCACAUGCAAAAGAUGGAACAACUGGAUGAGGAGUCAUCUCUGAAGAAAAGUGAGCUCAUUAACUGGUACCUGAAGGAAAUGGAGAGUGAAAUUGAUUCAGAAGCUGAACUCGUCGCCAAGAAGAAUCUCAUUGAGAAAGUGCUUUACAGACUCAUCCAUUAUGAUCAUAUCAUCAUAGAGCUGACUAAAACAGGACUGAAGCAGAUCCAUGAGGAUGGAGAUGAGCCUGUCAUGGAGGAGGAUCCGUUCCUGGUGGUGAAUCCCAAUUAUAUACUGGAAGACUAGUCAAGCUGGCUUCAAAAACCUUGAUCAUUUUUACUUACUGAUGCUUCUAUUAUCUGAAUUUAUGACUAAUGUAAUAUGCAACAUUUUUGAUCGAGUGAAGCAAAAAAAUAAAAAUAAACGGAAUAUUUUGCAUUUG